GUCUCGUCCGGUGCGUCAAACUCGUUAGUCCAGUUUGAAUUUCGCGUGGCGUAUUUUAAGUCGACGCGCGUAAACGAAGUCGGUGAAGACCUUCUAGGGCAGUUGAAAAAAAAGAACGGCAAUUCGCGCCCUGUGGGCAAGGGACAAGGUACUUCAUACACAGCAUCUUCUGAGGGGAAGAAGAAUUUCUUUUGGCAAGCGACCAGUACUCAUCAGAAGACCAAUUUUGGCCUGGAUUGUCGCGAAGUGGUGUUGUUUUGUGUGGAUUUUUUUUCUACCUCUCUCGACUUGUCUUCAUCCUUUUCCUCAGUGUAUGGUUGUUUUAAUUUUACCCACAACACGUUAAAGUUUAUUUUUUCCGGCAGUUGAUGUGUGUUCUUUUCGCUGUUGUUGCUGCUGAUGCUGCUAAUGUGCGUUUUUCCGCUACGCUACGCCGCGAGUUGUUGUGCCGUGCUACCUAAUGCUGCUGGACGGUGAUUGUGGGAAAAAUCUGGGGAGAAUUCUGUGAAAUCUGAAAGUGCAUCUCGUGAAAAGCAUCAUCAGCAUCAGCAUCAUCAUAGCCGGUGUGAUCUAAUAACCUUUUACCGGCAACAACUGGAUUGAUUUGGUUUUGCAAUUUCGUUGGAGCGAUACGGAAGUUGCAGUAACGUUACGCAUCGGAUUAUUGGGAUUGCAUCUUAACAUUAGCUGUGACGAUUUUCAACACAAAACAAGUGUAUAGGAAAAGUACCGGAUUUGACUACAAAAAUUAUCAAGCAAUCCGUCAAGAUUCAGCUCAACCAUGGAAAGGGGACUCCAUGACCGGGAUCGGGUUGGUCUCCAGGACCAGGUCCUGCUCGAAAACUACCAGAGCGAGGAUGCCUUCAUUGACAAUCUGAAGAAACGCUUCCAGGAGGACCUUAUCUAUACUUACAUCGGGCACGUACUGAUUUCAGUCAACCCUUAUCGGGAGCUUCCGAUCUACACCGAAGAGCACGUCAAGGAGUACCGGAAGAGACACUUUUUCGAGGCUCCCCCGCACAUCUUCGCACUGAGCGACAACGCGUACCGGUCGCUGACCGAGGAAAACCGGGGCCAAUGCAUCCUGAUCUCGGGCGAGAGUGGCUCGGGAAAGACGGAAGCUUCGAAGAAGGUGCUGCAGUUCAUUGCCGCGGCUACGGGACACACCAGUAGCGUCGAGGGUGUCAAGGAUAAGUUGCUGCAGAGUAAUCCGGUGUUGGAGGCUUUCGGCAAUGCCAAAACCAAUAGAAAUGAUAAUUCUUCGAGGUUCGGGAAAUAUAUGGAUGUGCAGUUCGAUUUUCGGGGAGUUCCGGAGGGUGGAAAUAUUUUGAAUUACUUGCUGGAGAAGAGCCGAGUCAUUCAUCAAAGUGGUGGGGAGAGAAACUUCCACAUUUUCUAUCAGCUGCUGGCCGGGGCUGACGAUGGAUUGCUGCAGGAGCUGCACCUCAAGAGGAAGUUGGAUACGUACUUCUACUUGAGUGAUGGGGAUAACGCCAAUACCGCACACAUUCGAGACGCGGACAAUUUUAAGCAAGUGCAAAAGGCGAUGACCGUUAUCGAAAUUCCGGACAGUCAGCAGCGACUAAUUUUGGAUAUUGUUGCCAGCGUGUUGCACAUGGGAAAUGUCGGAUUCACCGAGGAGGAGGGAAAGGCGAAAAUUUUGAAACCGGAAGCCGUUACGGCGAUUGCUAAGCUUCUGGGCUGUGAGGAGGAACAACUUCGAAAUGCCCUUACGCAUCGCACAAUCGAGGCCCGCGGCGACAUUGUAACUAGCCCGCUGAACCGAGAGAUGGCCAUUUACGCCCGAGAUGCUCUGGCCAAAGCCGUUUACGAUCGGCUGUUUACCUGGUUGGUGAAACGUAUCAAUACCUCGCUUCACGCGGAUCAAAUGGCCUCCAAGAAGAAUUCGGUGAUGGGUAUUUUGGACAUCUAUGGAUUCGAGAUAUUCAAGAAGAACAGCUUCGAGCAGUUUUGUAUCAACUUUUGUAACGAGAAGCUGCAGCAACUGUUUAUCGAGCUUACGCUUAAGCAAGAACAAGAAGAAUAUUUGAAGGAAGGCAUUGAGUGGGAGCCGGUGGAGUACUUCGAUAAUAAGGUUAUCUGUAAUUUGAUUGAGGAGAAGCACAAAGGCAUUGUGGCGUUGAUGGAUGAGGAAUGUCUACGUCCGGGAGAUCCCACGGAUAUGAGUUUCCUGCGAAAGAUGAAUGACAAUUUGGGUGAUCAUGCGCAUUACAUUUGUCACGUGAGGGCUUCAACGACUGUCCAGAAAACCUUGGGAAGAGAUGAGUUUAGAUUGGUGCACUAUGCAGGAGAUGUCACCUAUAAUGUGCAUGGCUUCUUGGAUAAGAACAACGACCUGCUGUUCAGAGACUUGAAGGAAGCGAUGGCCAGCUGCAAAAAUGACAUCAUUAAGAGUUGUUUCCCAGAGUCGAGUAUUUCCAGCAAGAAACGACCGGAAACAGCAGUCACGCAGUUCAAGAACUCUUUGAACAACCUUAUGGAGAUUUUGAUGUGCAAAGAACCCUCCUAUAUCAGAUGUAUCAAGCCGAACGACCUUCAGACUGGAGGGCACUUUGACUACGAGCUAGUCCGUCAUCAAGUCAAAUAUCUGGGUUUGAUGGAAAAUUUGAGAGUCCGACGAGCUGGAUUUGCUUAUCGCAGAACUUACGAACUCUUCCUUCAACGAUACAAGUGCCUUAGCAAACAAACUUGGCCCCAUUAUCAUGGACCAGCUAAGGAGGGCGUCCAAAUUCUAGCCUGUGAGCUGGGCUACGAACGAGAUGACUACCGCAUGGGCAAGACCAAGAUCUUCAUCCGUUUGCCCAAGACCCUUUUCGAAACUGAAGACGCAUUCCAAGUUAAGAAACAUUAUCUGGCGGCAAUCAUCCAAUCCCGUUGGAAGGGUCGCAAACAACGAAAGAUUUACCUUGAAACCUAUGCCAAGAUCAUCACCUGUCAGAAGUACAUCCGACGCUACCUCGCUAUCCAGGAACGAAAACGCCGUCGUGCCGCGGCCGAUAAGAUCCGAUUCUUCAUCAAAGGUUUCAUCACUCGUAACGAUGAACAAAACGAAUGCAACAAAUCAUUUAUCGAGCACACCAAGCGCCAUUGGCUUACCAAGUUGUCCAAGAGCCUACCGAAGUCGUUCAUGAACCACACCUGGAUUCCGGCCCCUAAACAUUGUCAGGAUGCUUCCAUUAGUCUAAGGCGCAUGCACAAACUUCACCUGGCUCGCCAGUACCGGUUAGGCCUCGCUCCAGAGAAGAAAAAACAACUGGACCUCAAAGUUCUUUCGGAAUCCAUGUUCAAGGACAAGAAGAAGAGUUACCCGGAAAGUGUCGGCCCAUGGUUCAUGGAUGAGCGAAUCGCCAAACCACACGCAACCGCAGUCAGUAACUUCGUCGUCACCCAGAUCAGCAACGAGAAGCUUUUCUAUUCCACCCCGGUGAUCAAGUACGAUCGACGUGGGUACAAACCGAGGGAGCGUUUCUUCCUGCUCACUGACAAGGCUGUUUACCUGUUGGAUGGGAAAACCUACAAACAGAAGCACCGGCUGCCGCUGGAUAAGAUCGAUUUCUGUAUCACCAGCGAACGGGACGGAAUCAUGCUGAUCCGCAUCCCCCUGGAGCUGAAGAAGGACAAGGGCGAUCUGAUUCUGGACGUGCCGGACAUCAUCGAGUGCAGCAUCUGGAUCGUGGAGGCGACCCGGAACCGGAAUAUCGUCACCAUCGUGGACACGGGAUCACUUUCCCACAAUCUAGUCAGAGGUAAAACCGGUAUGAUCGAGAUUCAAACCGGACCGCAACCCAGUAUUACGCGAGCCAAAAGCGGAAACCUAUUAGUUAUUGCUGGUCAAUAACCGACAUCGUACUUCAGCUACACACUAGCGUACUUAGGCCUUAACACAAAAUUCAAAAAACCCAAUAAUGUUGAACAAAAUUUUGAAGUGUUUUAUUAAAUUUAAAGAAGAAAGGCAUUCUUGCACACGCAACUACAGGGGACAUCCUAGAGGGAUAUAAAAACAAUAUGCAUGUACUCUUUAAAAUCAGCUCUUCGAGAUAUAAAACCUUAACAAAGAAAUUUAUUUUUCCAGAACAAAUACAACGAAAAAAUGAAACUUUUAGCAAUUGUGUCGCUUGCCCCAGUGCCAUUUUUUGAAAGAAAACAAAAAUGAAGGUGAUAGGAACAUUUUAUUCGAUAGAUAGGCAAACAAUAAAAUUUGGUCUGAAUAUGUUUAUAUAUAUAUUUUUUCUUUUUUAAUUGAACAGCGGGACUUUUUAAUUCCUAUUUAGGUUCAAAAAAUGUUUCAACUACAUAUGGCAAAACCCCUUAAAGCACACAAUCAAACUAGGUAGCCAGUAGAUGGUUUUUAAACCCCCUUUUUAUUUUAAUGAACGACAUUUUUACGGAAUAAAUAGACACAAUCUAAGGACGCGCACACGCGUAAAGCUAGUUAUUAUUUUUGAGUUACAACCGGAAGAAAUCUGUCCGCUAAGGUUCAUUGAAAAGUGACAAGUUUCCCCUUUGACAGAAGGCACAAUAAGUCAAUGAACCCUUUUCCUAUUAAAAAAUUGCUAGAAGAGAAAAAUCAAUGAAAUACCCGGAAAAAUCCUUCUAUCGAAGCCAUCCGAAGACACAACACGUGUGAUAAGGCUCGCAAUAAUUUAAAAUCAAGCACGAGCCAAACCACCACAACUUGCCGGAGAAUGAAAUUCAAUCGUACAAGAGGAAACCUUAGAGCAGUGAGGAUUAAUUUACAACAGGAGAGACGGAUUUACCCUCUAAAGUAACCAUUAUUGGAAAAGUACAAAUAUAUUUUCCGCAGCCGAAGGGUGAACAAAAAACCAAUACGUCGUCCGAUCAUCGAUGGAUUUCUGCGUUUUCUGACAAAAAAUCGAAAUGAGCAGCACCCUUAACCGGACCCGGAUUGCGUUCUACGAAAGGAAAAAAAGGCGCGCCCCAAGGAUCAACCAACACACUACUCUGCAUUUCUAAUGAAAUAAAUAAACUUGAAACAACGCGGUGGACAGAUUUUUUUAUCCAUGUUCUGCGAAGGGGAAUCUGACACCAAUACACAAAAAAAUCGAUAUUUUACAGUUGCACAUUUAGGGAGAAAACACGAUUUUCUUUCCACUGCUGCUGAACCAUUACGACUAUUAAUUACUUCGGCCGAAUUCGCAGCUUCUCUGAUCCAUGGAUGACAUUAUUGAUACAGGAAUCGAUUGGAAAAAUGUGCCUUGGGUGGCAAAUGACAAAAAAGCAACAACGACUAUAAUAAUAACAGCAACAGAACAGUAAAAAGCAUGAAGAUACAAAUGGAAACAAAACCGAUCGUUGGCUGAUUUUUUAUUCAAUCCAUGCAUUUGACACACAGAAACAAUGCCUUCUAUCCACUGUAUCUAAAAAUUGUUACUUAUUUUAUUAGAAUUUAAAGCGAACCAUCCUGUAUGAUUUAUCCAUGUAAAUAAAAAAAAAGUUCAAAAUUAA